AUGACUCUUAUUGCCGCUAUGAAGAACAUGACACCAACUGCCUCGAUGGGUAUGUCCAAGUCAUCAAUUGCAAGCUCCUCGAUGAGCUAUGGAAUGCAGGGUGCCAACAGCAAUGCUGGUCUGCUCGAUGGUCUCACCGGUUGUCUCUCUAACCUCCAUGUCAACGUCAAUGCUGAUGUCGACCUCAACCUGCUCGGAUGUGAUCUCCUCACUGCCCACGUCUGUGUUACCAUCAACUAA